AUGUGGAUUCACUUGUUGAUUUGUUUGAUUGAUGUUGCAAAUGGGCAAAUCGGUUAUGCAAUUAUGGAAGAAAUAGACAAAGGAACCAUAAUUGGAAACUUAGCACAAGAUUUACAAAUGGACCCAAAGCUUCUCUUCAAUCGUAAGUUCCACAUGACUUAUGAUACUAAAAUACAUUAUUUUGGCAUCAACUCCAUAACUGGCACUCUACACAUUUUAAAUAAGAUUGAUCGUGAAGAGCUGUGUGGCAGCAGUGUGCACUGUGUCAUAAGACUGGGAAUUAUAAUGGAUAUGCCGUUAGUACUUUAUCACAUAGAAAUUAACAUCCUAGAUAUUAAUGACAAUGCACCACACUUCAAAGAAAAUGAGAUUGUCUUGGCAAUCGCUGAGUCAACUGAUCCUGACACCCAUUUCCCAUUAGAAGGAGCUUUUGAUCCAGAUGUCAGCUCAAAUUCAGUUUGCUCAUAUUUUCUGAGUACAAAUGACUUGUUUGAUAUAGAUGCCCCUGUAAGUGAUUACAAGAUUAAAUCGUUAGCACUGGUAUUAAAAAAUGCAUUAGAUCGAGAACAACAAGCGAUCCAUGUAUUAACCCUCACAGCUACUGACUGUGGCAGGCCGAAAAUGACUGGAACAACUCAGAUUAAGAUUCUAGUGCAAGAUGCUAAUGAUAAUCCACCUGUUUUUCCACUCUCACUCUACAGAAUAACUAUACCAGAAAACUAUCCUGUAGGGACUAUACUCAUGACCCUCAAUGCAACAGAUGAUGAUGACGGCAGGAAUAGUGACAUUGCAUACUCAUUUAGCAGCAUUGUGCCGAUGAGUGUGCAGCAGAUGUUUGAUAUUGACGGGGAAAGUGGUGAGAUUAGUCUCAGAAGUAAUAUUGACUAUGAAGAAAGAACACUUUAUGAGAUGCAAGUGCAAGCUAAAGAUCAUGGUCAGCUCCCUCUGUCAGGACACUGUAAGGUCGUUGUAGAGAUAACUGAUGUCAAUGACAAUUUCCCAGAAAUUAAAGUGACAUCUUUAACAAGCACCAUCAAAGAGGAUGCGAAACCUGGUUUUGUAAUAGCCCUUUUUACUGUCAUCGAUAGGGAUUCUGGAAACAAUAGCAAAGUGUCUUGUGAGAUACCUGACCACCUCCCAUUUACAUUAGAAUUAACAUUCUCAAAUUAUUAUUCAUUAUUCCUCAAGCACAGCCUUGAUAGAGAAUCUAUAGAAGAGUAUGAUGUUCUUAUUUCAGCUACUGAUUCUGGAUACCCUCCUUUAUCUUGUGCUACUUCUAUAACCUUUAGUGUGAUGGAUGUCAAUGACAAUCCUCCAGUGUUUAUACAGCCUUCAUAUAGAAUUUCAGUCCCUGAGAAUACGCUUCCUGAAACUUUCAUUUUACAAGUUUCAGCUUUAGACAAGGACAGUAAUGAAAAUUCUUGGAUUUCUUAUUCUCUUUUGCAAAGUACUGAAGGAGUUAAACCUUCUAGCUUCAUCAUAAUUCAUUCUGAUUCUGGUAAAGUAUUUUUGGCAAACUCAUUUGAUUAUGAAAAAAUGCAAACGUUCUGUGUUGUAAUUGAAGCCAAGGAUCACGGGUCACCACCUUUCAGCAGCACUGCUAGCCUCACUGUGUUCAUUCAGGACCAAAAUGAUAACUCACCCCAAAUACUACCUUCACUGUUCACCGGAGAAGUCUGGAGAUCAGCCCAAGUAGGACAUUUAGUUACCAAAGUCAAAGCAUUUGAUUUAGAUUCUGGCUAUAAUGCCUGGCUCAGGUAUGAAAUGAUUUUCUUCACCAACACUUCUCUUUUCAAGGUAGAGCUAUAUACAGGGGAUAUUAUUGUAGCAAGAUUCAUCGAAGAAACAGAUGAAGAUUUACAAAACAUAUUUAUUAUGAUUAAAGAUCAUGGAGAACCCCCUAAAUCUGCAAUUACAGCGGUUACUAUUACCCUCUUGCCAUCUAAAAAAGAACUGGACGAUAUCAUAAUAGUUGACAAGGAUAAGGUGGUCAUUGUGGGCUUCAACAGCCACUUAAUCAUUGCUAUUUCUUUUAUCUCAAGUAUCUUUUUGCUCACUGUUGUAUCAUACAUUGGGGUUAAUUAUAUAAAAGCAUUCAGAAGCAUAAGUAGAAUAACUAGACAGGAGGACUAUAUGAGGAAUGAAUUGACCUUGACAGAGAAUAAGAAAAAGGAUUAUAAUUUCACCCCACUGUAUUUCAAUGCUCAGUCAGACUAUAAUACAAUUCCAAUACAGCCAUGGACAUAUUACUCUGCAGAUAAACUACUAUUUGAAAGCCAGGUGCCAGAGGAUGAUUGUACAUUAAGGGCAGAGAGUGAGUGGGUGUAUUCAACUAAAGUUAAGUCCCAUCCUGCUUCUGUAUGUUUCUUCUUAAUAGCAAAUCCUUUGGAUAGGCAAGACUCAAUCACAGUUAUCCAGACAAUACAAAUUGUAGAAAAUAGAUUUCAGUGUGUGAAAGUAUUAACUGCGAGGGAGGGUGCAUUAUUUGGUGGAGGAAAAGAAAAGCCCUCCAGUAUUAUUGAUACCCCAAAACAUCCUAACCCAGACUGGCGUUACUCUGCAUCACUAAAAGCUGCAAUGCAGGGUGCUGUACAUAUGGAAGGAGCAGCAGUCUUACGUGGCGCAGCGGUAGGACUCGAACAACAGUGGCCAACAGUUUCCAGUGCAACACCAGAACCAGAAGGAGGAGAAGUGUCUCCCCCAGUAGGAGCUGGUGUGAAUUGCAACAGUUGGACCUUCAAAUAUGGACCUGGCAAUCAAAAACAACCAGUACCACAAAUACCACCAGAUUUUCCGGAGAAUUUUAUUAUCCCGGGAUCCCCAGCCAUCAUUUCAAUCCGCCAGGAUCAACCAUCGGCCCAAGGUCAUAAAAGUAACUUCAUAACUUUUGGUAAAAAAGAGGAAACCAAGAAGAAAAAGAAGAAGAAGAAGGGAAACAAGAAUAAUCAAGAGAAAGGAAAUAAUCCAAAUGACAACAAUGAUCAAUAAAAGGAGAUUGAAGCCAAUUCUUAUCCCAUUUUUGUAAAGAGUAAUGUAGCAACAAAGUAAAAUUCUUCCUAUUGUUAAUGCACCUUCCUAUGAACAAAAAGACUGCAACAUUCAAGCCUGAAAAUCUAUACAUAUAUGUCUAUAUUAUUUACCAGAUUAUGUCUAUAGCUUUAUUAUGUCAAAUGUUUAACUGUACAACACUCAGCUGUUGUCCCUCACAUCCAAAGAACACAGUGACAGUUUGUGCAUACAGUAAAUUAUAGUAAGUGACUGUUAAGGCCUAUGUCUUUGUAAAUAGUUUAUGUGUAUUAUAAAGAAAAUGCAUUAUAUCCAGGUAGCCAUGAAAAAGUAUGGAUUUCAGACAGAUAAAAAUGGUAAGAAUAAAGCAGGAUAAUCACUAGGAAAAUAGGCAAAUUAUAGCUAAAUCAUUAUAAAUAUUGCAAAUAGGAUUGUCUAAGUUAUCAUUAUAGUACAUUUAAACUUUAGCAUCUUGAUUAACAUG